AUUUUGAGGUUUAGCAAUGGAUAGUACUGAUACAAGCAGAGAACCAACGUACAUAUUACAAUAUUAAAUUAAAAAGGGUUAACAUAAAUAGAUUCCAGGAGAUUGGUUUCAUAAAUUUAAAAAUAAAUAUGCGUACAAUAUGUUGUCUUCACCACCUACAAAAUUUACAUGUACUUGACGGGUCGUUUGGAUGCAUCAUUUUGGUUCCGCGGUAUUUAGAAUCAAAAUGCUGCAUUAUUUUGCUAUGUGGAAUUUGAUGUAAUAUUUCAGCUUUUUUUAAUAAAAAAUGUGGUAUUUCAGUUUGGAAUUUGCUAACCAAAAGUACAUGUGAAAAAAAAUGCUCUCUGGGGAGAUCCUCUGGACUCUCUGGCGGGGCUUCUGCUAUUGCUGGAAGAGCACCCUAAUCCUGGCCGAAAAAAACACCAGCGACUGUGUGGAGGAUUUCUUUCCCGGUUGGCAGUACUCAACGUGGUGGAGAUGGGUAAGGACAGAAAUCGGGCUUGGACGUGUUUCCUCAGCAACCCCUGAGGAGAAAUCGAAAACGAAAUCGAUCUGCCGGGGUGCAAGUGUGGGGUUUGAUUCCAUUGAGGGUACUUGUGAUCAUUUGUGGGUGGAAAAGAACGGAGGUGCCUCGCUGAAAAGAUGCAAAAUAGAGAAGGAGGUCGGCUGGCGAUUCACCACCUGUGCCGGAGGAUUUGCACAUGGAUUCUGUAGGGCAUGAGGUAGACUUGACUGAUGCAGCGUAUUGGGAGUCAAAUAGUAAACAUUAUACGAGAAAAACUCGACCGCAACGCUAAUCCGACCAAAACCGCCGUAGAGGAAGGGGGAGGAUUGUGAAUGGACUACAAUCCUUUUCGGAUUACGUGGGCAGGUGCAAAAGGUUAAUGAUUGGUGCUUCAAUUCCUAGGUGGGAUUUACCUGAAGGCGGUUCAUCUUUCGGUACACCCCCAGUCGGUUUUAGGGGCGCCGGAAACAGAGCAGACGACGGUGCGACCGAGAAUCCCGAUGAGUCUUCUCGGGAUGGGUGGUCGGCCGCCCCAUGACAUGGUGGACGAUAGGGAUGGAGGAAUUUAGGAUGAGGACGAAAGUGCUACUCUGUUUCUCUCUCCAAUUGCACUACUCCAGGAUCGCAGGAGAUACAUCUGACACGCCAAAACACAACACCAAUCUGCGACCAAGUAUAAUCGCAGACCGGGAAUGCAGUAACAGGCAAGUUCUAUUAUCAACCCGGGGUCUAGAUCUACUGCUUACUCAGUGAUUCUCUGUUAUCUAGCCAACUAAAGUAAGUGAUUGUUGUUUAAAAGCAAAAGCAGAAAUAAAGCAGGAAUUGAUACGGUUUUCUCAAGCAGGAAAGAGUCACUCGGGAAUGAGUCCCCCUAGCUCCUUAGUUAGGUUUCAAUUGUAUUUCCCUGGGUUGAUUUACUGUUGAUUAGACUGCGGAAGAUCCGGCAGUAGCUUGGAAUCUCUUAAGCUGACCAAGCCCUCUCAGUCUAACUACCCGGCAGACGACUAGUCUUCACCGGGAUAGAAAGCUGAAGCAGUAAGAACAGAACUCCACUACUGGAAUUGGAUUCCAGUACAAAGCAGUAAACUGGCUAACUCUCGUAUGGCCAAUCUCCUACUAUCGAAUGAUGAGACUCUAGCAACCUAAUCAGAUUCUAUCUAUCUCAGAUUGCAGCAGGAAUCAGGAAAAGUUGAUCAGACUUCAAUUGACUCAAUAAACAUGCAUCAUUCGAUUAAAAUCAAACAGUAAUAUCAUCCCAAGUCAUUACAAUCAAUCCCUAACACAUAGAACUAGGGUUCUUCAUCCCCAAGUGGGAGAGAGGUUCUACUCCAUAGAGAGAGAAGAAAACAAGAUACAAAGCAAUCAUACUCAUAAUUAUGGGAAGAAUCUGCUCUGGGAUGAUGAUUUCCACUCCUAUGACGAUCUCCAAGCUUGAUUUGAUGAAACCCAGCUCCAAGAUGGCUUCUAAGAUGUGUUCUUCGUCCUUUCUCUCUCUAGGGCUCUGUUUUUGCUCAAAAAGUCCGAUCCUCUCUCUUGCAGCCCGGAAUUGGGUUAAAACCAGGAAUUCCCGACUCACACGGGCAGGGCCACACGGCCGUGUGGCAUACCCAGUUGCCCGUGUGAGUCAAAACGCUGCGUUCCAAUUAGUUCGAUCUUCUCUCUUCUCACACGGCCAGGGUCGCACGGCCGUGUGGGAAUUCCAUCUGCCCGUGUUUGCUCUCGGCGAAACUCGCACGGCCAGGCCACUUCUUCACACGGCCGUGUGAGUUGUCAGGGCAAGCCGUGUUUGCUCUCGCACAAUCUCACACGGCCACAAAUAUGAGUUGCACGGCCGUGUGAGUUGUGGGUGUGCUUGUGUGGCCUCCUUUUUGACUUGCCUCGCGCCCGAUCUUCGUCCAAUCGACCCCAAACUCGCUCCCAAGCCUCCAUUCAUGUACUAGGACCUGAAAUAUCACAAACAAGCACAACCUAGUGUGAAAUCGGCCUAAAACACGAGAAAUCACAUCUCAAACGGUGUAAGAACAGGGGUGAAAACAUGUGUAAUUAACGGUCUAUCAAACUCCCCCACACUUAACCGUUUGCUUGUCCCCAAGCAAACCAAGUCAGACACAAGGUAAGCUUACAUAUUUCAAUCAAUCAACAUUGGGGACAAGUCAUAAAGGCACAGAACACGC